AAAAACCCUAAAACAAUUUAAAUCAUAAACAAAAUUUGGCCCAACACAAUAAGCCUUCACUUCCACCAUCCAACUUAGCUUUUUCAAAUGUCGGCGAGCAUUUUCAGAUUCAUCUCUCGUUCAAAGUCUAAUAAUUCAGCAGCCCAACUACUAUUUUGUAGAGGAAUCACUUCUAAGCUUUUCGUUAAAGGAUUAUCUUUCUCGACCACGGAAGACACAUUAGCUAAUGCUUUUUCACAAUUUGGUGAAGUUGUGGAGGCUAAAAUAAUAUUCAAUAAAACGUCAAACAGAUCAAAAGGCUAUGGAUAUGUCACCUUCAAUUCAGUGGAUGAAGCCGAAAAGGCUUUGUCAGAUAUGAAUGGAAAGAUUCUGGAGGGACGUGUCCUCUUCGUGGACAACGUGAGACCUAGAAGGCCAGGGCCAAGAGAGGAUUGAUAAAUCUUUAUUUUCUGCUGAAAUUCUCUGUAGCUGAGACGAGUAAUAACAAAUUGUUAAAUUAUUUCAAUUCCGUUUAUUUGUUCUGUAAAUCAUCUUUAAAUGGCGAGGCAAAUUGUGGUGGUUAUUUUGGAAGAAAAAUUUCUACCAUGAUGAAUGCGUUUUGACAAUACCAAACAUUUCUAUCAUUCUAUGAAGAGAAUAUUGAUGGCAAAUGAUAAUUUAGUUGAAAAAUGAAUCCCUGCAAAAUUUUUCGAA